GCUCAAGUUGUGGUUAGUUUUUAUCAUGCGUAUGAGUUGUCUAAUUUGUGAAUUUUAUUGUGUUAUAAUGUUCGUGAAUUCGUUUGUUGGAAUACUUGGUUAAUACAAAGUACGGAGUACUGCGCAUGUUUUUUGGGUUUGGGGCGAUUAGCAUUAAAUGCUGCCGAUUGGCGUUUUCAGGGUGGCUAGGGGGCUUUAGAGGGUUAAGCAGAAGCAACCAUCAAUUCUAGGAACUAAGUAUUCUAGUGCAUAGUAGAGUGCAUUUGUGCAGUUUUGCUUCAAUGUCAGAUAAUGUGUGCCUUUCCAGUGAUUUGUGGCCUGAAAUUCUCAAAAGGGUUCCUGCAAAAGACGUGGGAAGAUGUUGUUGUGUGUGCAAAUCAUGGAAUACCCUGAUAAAGUCUCCAUCUUUCAUAACUGCCCACAUUGGAUUUGCCCAGACCCACCUUUUCUUUAGGCACGUAACUCUUACUCCUAGCUUCAAGGAAGAGCACUUUACUCAUUUUGCUGAUGAGGCUCACCAUCGCUGUGACCUUGGAUACCCUCCUGUCAAGACGUGGCUGUCACAUUUUCGUGUUGUGGGCUCUGUCAGUGGUUUAAUAUGCCUGUCUGAUGAUCUUUACGCUAACCCAGAGAAGGAAACUAUUGUUCUAUGGAACCCUGUGGUGUCUAGGUAUGUCAACCUUUCAAGGCCCAGGGUUGUUGGCAAAAAAUGUGAGCGUGUUAUUGGGUUCGGGUUUGAUUCCAAAAAGAAUGACUAUAAAGUUGUGCAUUUGAGUUACAAUGUCAGUGAGAAGCCAUGUUUUAAUGUAACGCCACCUAAGGCUAGGGUUUAUUCAGUUAGGGAAAGGGCCUGGAAGUCAAUUUCUGCUGAUUAUGUGCAUUGUUGUGUGCUUGAUUACUACUGGUCGCAGUGUUUUGUUAAUGGAGCUAUCCACUGGCUGGCCUAUGAGAAAGGAAAAAAUCAUGGUUUUAGCAACAAUGCUUUGCUACUGUUUGAUGUGGAAAGUGAAAGGUUUAAGAAAAUGAAGUUCCCCGAGGCACUCAGAGAGACGUGCCCACUCCUACUCUCUAAGAAACUCACCACUAGAAUUGAGCAUGGUCAUCCAGAAGGGUUCUAUCUUGGGGCUUACACUGAAAGCUUGGUACUCCUAGAUGACGAAAGUGGUGCAUCUUCCUAUCCAAAGAACACAAAAAAGAGCAAUAGAAAGGACUGCAGCAACAGUGACAAGGCAGGGAAACGUGAAUGGUCUGAGCAGUUUGAAGAACUACUCCUCAUGUAUCAAGACACAAGAACUGCAACCCAAAUGCAAAAGCUGCAAAGGAGUCUCAUUCAGCAGCUUAAGGCCGAAUUCUCCAUGACAGACAUGGGUGAUCUACACUUCUUUCUUGGGAUCAAUGUCCAGCGCACAGCCACCGGCCUCUUCCUCCACCAGACUCAGUUCAUUCAUGAUAUUCUCGAGCGGGCAGGGAUGGUCUCUUUCCGCCCCAUCUCUACCCCGGUGGAUACGAAGGCAAAACUAUCUAGCACAGCCGGCUUAGCGCUACCCGAUCUGUCCUUUUACAGGGUAAAGCUCAAGGCCUGCCCAAGGGUGGCUAGGCUAAGUGACGCCCUACUAACACAUUCAAAGCAGAAAUCAGACUGUUCAUACUCAGCUCAGAGAGGGCAGAUCAAGCAACUAGCUGCACAGUUUAAUGUUUCUAGAAAAACAGUGUGUACAAUAUGGACCAUUGCAAGGAAACAACUAGAGCGGGGGGUUGCCAUCAAUGUGAGUAGCAGGAUGAUAGGAAACAGUGGCAGGAAAAGGGUGGCGAUGGAUGUACAAGCAAUUGCAGACACUCCCCUGCGGAACAGGACUACUAUAAGGAGUUUAGCAGCUGCUAUUGGUAAGCCGAAGUCCAGUGUUCAUGAGUGGAUAAAAAAAGGUAUGCUUAGAAGCCAUUCUAAUGCUAUCAAACCUUACCUAACAGAUGAUAACAAACUGUCAAGGUUGAGGUUCUGUUUGAAUCAAGUUGAUCCACACAGUAUUCCCCUUCAACCUAGGUUUAACAGUUUUCACAAUGUCUUGCACAUCGAUGAGAAGUGGUUCUUUAUGUCCAAAACGUCACAAAGGUUUUACCUACUUCCCGAUGAAGUAGACCCAUACAGAACAUGCAAAUCGAAGCGGUUCAUAACAAAAGUCAUGUUCAUGUGUGUGGUUGGAAGACCACUAAUUACUGAUAAUGGAGAAGUAUUAUGGGAUGGCAAAGUUGGCAUAUUCCAUUUCAGUGAAUUAGUGAGAGCAAAAAAAAAGAGUAAGAACAAGGAUAAAGGAGUUGUGGAGGUGAAACCAAUCACCAGUGUUACCAAACAAGUUACAAAAGACAUGCUAAUCAACAAGGUGAUUCCAGCUAUCCAAGAAAAGUGGCCUGCACAAUUAUCUAAAGACAUACACAUUCAACAAGAUAAUGCAAGGCCACACAUUCAAGGACUAGACUCAGACUGUGUUGCUGCAGAUCACCGGAGAAGUAUCACCGGAAUCAGCACUAUCACUGUCUCCCAGGAACUCAACCUCAUCGCUACCAAGAUCAAAAACAUCAUCUUCAUCCGAGGUAAGGUCGAUUACCUCCAUCUCUCUGACCGGGGCAACAUCGGAACCAUCGUCAUCGCUAUCGAUGACGAUGACCUCGUUCUCCUCCUUGGCGUUAGGUCGAUUACCGAGCUAUCUGCCAUGGAGGUAAAUGGCGUCGUUCAUCAAGAUCUAACGGGGGAUGGAAAACCUUUUACAGUCGCUGGGUUUUUGAAGAAAGUCCUGACAGUAGAAUUGGGAGGCUAUGACGAUGAUAUCCGCGCUCCCAAACUGUUUGCCGUUGCUCUUCAUGCCGUCUUUCUCGAAUCCGGGUUUGUACCGUUUAAUAUGAAAUCCAAGAAACUAGGGUUAGGUUUCGCUAUCCAGAAUGAAAAUUGGCGGGGAAAAUCCAGCGAAUUCACGCUCUUCUACUCUGUUCCGGCUGUAUUAAAUCGGGUUUCAUGGUUCGGAGAUGCUGUUAUUGAGCUCAAGUUUAUCUUUUCCCAAUCUGCUUUGAAUGUUUCCGGGUCUCGAGUAUUCUGGCCUCCAAAGCAUUCUGUUUCCCUAAACCUUCCCGAGUUAGCGCCGUUCUUGAAAAUUACCUGGUCCAAUUUCAGAUUUGAUGAUGAAAUUAUGGUUUCCACAGCUAGGGAAGUCUUGAGCUUUUGGAAUGUCACCAAGGAUAAACUUGUUUCGCCAUUGUUAAUUGACUUGUGCACGAAAUCAGGUCUGUCCCAUCCGGCUACUUUCCCGACGCUGCCCGAUGCUCUCAAGGUGGAGAUUUUAAGGUUACUGCCUCAAAAGGAUGCUGCAAGAAUGGGAUGUGUAUCUAAAGAAUUCCGGUCCUUAAUGUGCAACGAUCCGUGUAUGAAGAAGCAUUUGAUCAAGAAUAGCCAUAAAAGAAUAUCGAAGAAGUCCGAUGGAAUCACAAGCAGGAGAGCUUUUCUUCAUCCCUGUGAGAAGAGUAAUGCAAUAUCGAAGAAGUCAGAUGGAAUCACAAGCAGGAGAGCUUUUCUUCAUCCCUACGAGAAGAUUAAUACAUCUCAAAGAAUGGUCCAGCAGCAGUUAACAUUUGGUUUCCUUGUCUAUAUGGCUACCUGGUGCCUCACCCUUGCCCCCCUCCAAUAUAUUGAAAUGCUUUCAUUUUGGACGAGGGCCGGAAGUAGAGGGUCGAAAUCAGUUUCGGCUCCAACAAAACACCGUAGGGUCUCGAUGUGAUAAUAUCAAUGACACCAUAGGGUCUCAAAGCAUUCUUCUAAAAAUAGAUUCCCUCGGACUGAAUAUUCAUGUUAUAGAUCAUGUCAUUCAACGAAUUACAUCUCCAAUUUUCAAAUUAUGUUAUAUUGUAUUUAAGUUAUGAAUAAGGACACAAUUUAGUGAAUGAGCAUUGUGUUAGAGGUAGUAGAUAUGUACGACUAAAAUAUUUGGAACGAAAUAAAGGUGUUUCUAGUGU